CUGGGAUUGCAUAUUGUUGGCGACAGCAAUCUCAUCCUAACACAAUUGCAGAAGCGACGGGUACCAAGGGCUCGUCACUUACAAGGGCUUUACGGACAGUGCCGGAUACUGGCGGACCGACUGAUGGUGUCUUCAUGGUCACAUCACCUGCGGCACUUCAACAAAACAGCGGACGGCCUAGCAAACAUUGCUAUGGACACCAAACAAAGCAAG